UUUGUUUAUGUUGGUUCUGGAUUAGAUGACAAGGUCACGUGUUACAAGUGUUUUGUUUCUAAAAAUAAUUGGCUGAAAAAGGAAGCUGUGUCAGAAGUUCACAAGAAGAUAUCUCCAAGCUGUGCUAUGGUGACAGGAAGAGGAAGUGACAAUAUUCCUAUCAUGGCGGGCACUGCCAACUUUGAGGAGCUAUUGAAAGCAUUACAUAGUAUAAGAACAAAAGAAAAGCUUACAAGCACAUUAGGCAUUGAAAAUACUGCAGCACCUUUCGCUACUUUAACUCAAGGGAAUAUCAUCAGGUCACCGUCCUCUGCGCCAACAGUUAUAAAUGAGGCAGAAUCUUCAGUUUCUUCAGCCGCACCAGACACCACCUCACACAACAGUCUAUCCACAAGUUCAGACGCAACACCAAUCGGGUCUGCGUCAAGUGCAUCCUCAGCCAAAGUGGAACAAAACGCAGACUCAAAAAGAAAGUGCCCAACCUACUCAGAACUAGGUAUAGUCACAGAGAGGCCCAAACGUCCAGAGUACGCAGUGAAAGGAGAACACUCUAAAACGUUCACCAACUGGCCCAGGUCUCAUCACAUACAAGCAGACGAUCUUGCCGAUGCUGAGUUUUAUUACGCUGGUAAUUUUUUCUUUCAAAUGUAA